AUGGCGUCCAUUAUGAAGAAUUCCAAUAUCCUGCGUAAGGCACUGUGGAAUGGCAACGGUCUUUCUUUUGGGGCGUGGCAGAUGCUUCCCGGUGCGCAUUUGUCAAGAACGAUCGCUCGGUCAGGGUUCGACUGGAUCUGUAUUGACUGCGAGCACGGAAACAUAGCUGACAAUGAGAUGCACGACUGUGUUCACGCUGUCGCGUCAUGUGGUGUUUCGCCAAUCGUUCGAAUCCCGGCAAAUGAAGGUUGGAUGGUCAAGCGAGCACUCGAUUCGGGAGCCCAUGGCAUUAUUGUGCCACUUUUGUACACUGUGGAGGAUGCGAAGAGGCUGGUAGAAACUGCCAAAUUCCCCCCGAGGGGCAAGCGCGGAUUCGGAAGUCCUUUCUCGAUGGGCGCUUUUGAGAACCAAGGCAAUCUCAGUGGAUUCGACUACAUGAACGCUGCGAACGAGAAUCUGUUGACUAUUGUCCAGAUCGAAACCAAGGAGGCCUUCGAUAAUGUUGAAGAGAUUGCCAAGGUCGAUGGUAUUGAUGUGCUGUUCAUCGGACCCUGGGAUUUAGGAAACAACCUAGGUUAUCCCGUACAAGGCGACUUUGCUCCCGAGCUCAAGGAGGCUAUCGCUCGAAUCCUGAAGGCAGCAAAGGAUGCUGGCAAGAAGGCUGGAAUCUACUGUCCUUCGGGAGAGUUCGCUCGGCGAUAUGCAGAUGAUGGAUUCCAGAUGAUCAGUGUCGUGAACGACAUGACGGCGCUGCCUACCUUCAUGUCUGAGUCGCUCUCCAAGGCGAAAGGCUCGUGGGGCCAUGCAGCAGGCCAAACGGUCGUGAAGGGAGCGGCGUACGCAGCUAACCUGGUGACCAGCGACUCGCAAAAGAAGUAG